CGCACCGUAGGACGAGCUAGUUGUUUUUAGCUGUCUGUGUACUAGUUACGUCCGUAUUUAUAUGCAUGCACCCCCUGCGUCUAUGGGAGACACGUAGUUUUGCUGCACAGCCUCUUUAAUUCACCAAGUGUCCGGACUUGAAGCGAGCGAUGUCGGAGGAGGACUGGGCGGCGACAACAACAACAACAGGGCGCGCUCAUGUCCCGUUAGCAUCACAACGUCCUCUGGUCCAUGUCGCUUAACACUGCAAGGAGAGUACACCCGUCCUCCACGCCUCCCGUCCAGUUUAGCCCAGUCUAUUCCGGUCCCGAGGCCCACUGUGAUGGCAGAGGAAGACCCCCAGCAGCAGUCGGACAGCGGGGUGGCGAGGAGCCUGCCCGGCCUGCUCCCCGGGCUGCAGGGCGCCGAGGCCAGUGCCCUGCAGCUUCGGAUCAAGAACUCCAUCUGCAAAUCCGUUCAAUCAAAAGUGGAAAACAUUCUGCAAGAUGUGGAGAAGUUCUCUGACAUAGAAAAACUCUACCUCUACCUUAAGUUGCCUUCUGGUCCCAGCAGCUGCACUGAAAAAAGUGACCAGAGUGCCCUGUCAUCGAGCCGCACACAGCAGAUGCAUGCGUUCAGCUGGAUCCGUGAUCAUUUAGAGGAAUACCCAGAGACGUCUCUUCCCAAACAGGAAGUCUACGAUGAAUACAAGAGCUUCUGUGACAAUUUGAACUACCACCCGCUGAGUGCUGCAGACUUUGGAAAAAUGAUGAAAAAUGUCUUCCCCAAUAUGAAAGCGCGCCGACUUGGCAUGAGAGGAAAAUCUAAAUAUUGCUAUAGUGGACUCAGAAAGAGGCCCUUUGUUCACAUGCCAUCUUUGCCCACUCUCGAUAACCAUAAAUCAGGCGAUGUACUCCAGUGUGACCUUCUGGAGUCAGCAGGGCAGCUGAACAACAUCAAGGAGGAGGUUCGAUUUGCGGCAUGCGAUCUGGUGUGUGAGUGGGCCCAAAAGGUUCUGAAACGCCAGUUUGAUGCAGUGGAGGAGCUAGCUCGCUUCCUCAUUGACAGCCAUUACAUCAGCAACAAGUCUUUAGCAGCUCUCACCAUUACAACCGGCACAGCAACAGAGGUUCAUACUCCUCCAGCAGUCUCGGCGUUCGUCCCCACUUCUGAGGCUCACUCCUACCAGCCUCAUGUGACAACGCUGUCCUCACCAUCUGUUGAUGCAAAGCAGCAGCUCCAGAGGAAGAUUCAGAGGAAGCAACAGGAACAGAAGCUGCAGUCUCCUUCACCUGGGGAGGGACCAGCAAGGAGGACAGAUGAUGGUAUGCCCUGUGCGAGUCCAACGCCUCCGUCGCCUCAGCCAACCAUAGGCAUCAUGGUCACUGCCGUACCCAGCCCUAUCACGGUUCAGCGAGGCCGCCAGCUGAUGUCUCCCAGCACUAUGGCAACAGUGGAGAACAAAGUGCUGCCCAUCAACUUCCAAAUGGUGUCCCAGCCGGUUCAAGCAGUUAAACAGAGCCCAAAAACCCCUCAAAAUAUUUUAGCCAAUCUAGCGGGAGAACGCUCUGCUCGGCAGCGCUAUGCACAAAUCCUGCCCAAGCCUUCUCCUACUGUCGCACUGCGCUCGCCCUCCACCAUGAUCAUCGGCAACAGUCCCAUAAAGACUGUGAUGACCACUUGUCAUGUCAGCCCAGUCAGUUUGGUGAAGAUGACAGCCAUACCGCUCACAACCAACAGCAGCAGCACCACCACCUCUCUAACAAACACCACUCUGCGGCCAGCGUCCGCAGGCAUUAGCAUUUCUGCAGUUACAGAUGACAUCAGCAACAAUCAAAGCAUGAGGAGCACCUCUGCAAUCCCCAUCCUAGCCCCGCCAGCCAGACCAGGGCCGACUGCUAACACCCCUACCAUUGAUGUUGAAAUGGAAGUUGAAGCUAUACAUAAAAACAGCCAAAUGCAUAAUCCUAGCAGUCUAGUUUUGACUCAAGGAGUAAUGGCAAAUAGAGCUGGAGGGGCUGUGCAAAGGGCUGCCAGUGUACCCAUACCUCAGACUAAAGGCUACCUGGGUCUGGAGGAAAUAUCACACAGCACUGAAUGGAACACAAAGACAUCCAUAAGCACUAACACUGUGGCAGCAGCAGAAAGCAGAAAUAAUAGCACUAAUAAUACAGGUCAUAGGCACUCAACCCCUUCCAUCAUGAAUGCCAGCACUGUUUCUUCAAUGUACACCAGCAGAGCGCCUUCAUGUGGGGAAAGCAGCAGUGUAACAUCAGCAAAGGAAGGUUUUUUAGCCACUAAAAGCCUCAGGAAACGUUCAGGCCUCAGCCCAGACCUUUCUCGUAAGAGGAUUUUUAUGCCACAACAUUCAGUGGAGGGCGCCGGUUUUGGAUACAGUAAUAGAAACACAUUUGCCAAUGUCUCCAGGCCAGGAGCUCCAACUAGACCUGAAAGUGCACCAGCAACCAGGGAGGUAGAGACAAAAAUGAGCUCUUCCACUCAGGACCAAGCACUGUGCACUUCAACUUUCAGAUCCAGUGGAUGCUUCUCUGCUGCCAAAACAGCAAGCUCAAUGCAGAGGAAAAACACUUCAACUGUUAUGGAAACUAGCUCCUCAGUCAGUCAUGCAUUUACACAGCAACAGCAGGGGCACACGGCGUCUAACGCACAUGCCGUACCUAAUGACCACAACCUCCAAAGACAUCCAGGUGUGGGUGAUGUUGGUUUAAACUCUGAACUGCAACAACAUCAACAACAACAACAACAACAACAACAACAGACCUACAUGCUGUCUAACAAUGCUGCUGAAAAUGUACACUUUUUCAAUCAGACUUCAUCAUCGAGCCAGCUCCCCAUGCAGACUGACAUGAACUACUUUUCCUUCGACGAUGACGUGACUCAGGACAGCAUUGUGGAGGAGCUAGUGCAGAUGGAGGAGCAGAUGAAGCUUAACAACAUGCAGGAGUUUGGAGAUGGUGUUGCAAUGCCAGGCCAACAGACCAUGAUGUCAGACAGCAUCAUGCCCACCAAUAAGUCCAUGACAGCCUUCUAUCAUGCUGCAAACAGCAGCAGCAGCAACAGCAACCCCAUCAAAACUCCAACACCCACACCAACUUCAGAAAUCAUGGGAGGAGUCCAAGGCCUCACUGGAGAGAGCCCGUUCUCCCGCAUCGCCUCCACCACUCCGGUGGACAGCGCACUGGGAAGCAGCCGGCACACCCCGGUCGGUACUCCUCACUCCAACUGCAGCAGCAAUGUGCCCCCCAGUCCAGUGGAGUGCAGGAACCAGUUUGCAUUUACACCCAUCAACUCCAGCAUGACCGGUUUCCAUGACGGCAGCACCGUCUCCAGCAGCCCCAUCAAGCCCAUGCAGAGACCAAUGGCCACCCACCCAGACAAGACCAGGCUGGAGUGGAUGAGUAACAGUUACAACAGCAACAGUGGGAGCUUAAACAAAUCAAACAACGGAAUGGGAAUCCUCCCCAGCUAUCAAGGCCUGAUAGGCGACCAAUUUCAAAAACCUCACGCCUUUGCCAUCCCUCACGCUAGGCACCACGACAGCCAUUUUGGCUGCUUGACCCCCAUCUCUCCUGUGCAGCAGCAGGUCAAUAGCAUGGCUAAGCAGGAGGGUUUUGCUGUGCCCGCCCCUCUGGAUAACAAAGCCACAAAUUCGCCUGCUUUCCGAUGUCGCAGUGUGAGCCCUGCAGUGCAUCAGAGGAAUUUUACCGGAAACACAGGAAACCUUCCACAUAUCCCUCGUUCAGUCGUGUCUCCCUUUAACUCUCCCGUGACGCCUGAAGUGUUGAAUAUUUUUGCAAACACGCAGACAAAUCUCGGGGUGAGCAGCAUGGCCCAGAGGAGUCAUUCUGUGCCGCUUAAUGUCAUGAUGCAAACUGAGGUCCUGCCUGCGCAGGGCCAACAAUGCAACAGCAAAAACAUCACCAGUGUCCUUCUGAGCAAGCUAGAUGGGACCCACGAUGACUCUGUGCGGGGUUUGGGCAUGAAUAAUUUACCUUCCAGCUACACUGCACGCAUGAACCUCACCCAGUUCCUUGAGUCUGACAACAACCUUUCUUGUAGUGGCAAUCAACUUAGACUGAUGACCUCUGAGUCCACUGGCACGUGCAUGUUACAGAGGCCAAAUUACCUCAUGGAAAAUGCUAUUAAUGAACAAAUGAUUCAGUCAGCAGGUGACAGCAGAGAGCAAAUGGUCUCAGGAGUCUCUUUGAGCUCACAGCAGCAUCUAGAAGAUCACCAGCAGCAUCAGCAGUGUGAUUUUAGCAGUUCAGUGAAAGACCUCCUGACAGACAAUGGGCUCACUGCUGGAUGUCAGCUCAUGGAGCAGGUGUCAGAACUAACAUCAGGGGGAGCAGAUUUCCCGUGUGAAAUCAGAAUGACAUCUGAGCUCUCCAACAGCAUCAAUGACCUGAACACACUGGACAAAAACCUUUUGUUUGACCCAAACCAGCAGCAAGGGCAAUAUCAAAAUACUGCCAGGGAGGAGGAGGAGUUUGUGAAUGAUGCGCUCUUUCAGCAAAUAACCAGCGAGGCGGCACAUUCAAGUGGACUCGACUGGCUGGAAAGCAAAGACCAUCCCACUGUUGGGUUGAUUGGCUGAGAUGAGUGGGUUUUUUUCAGUCAUGUAUAAUAUGUUAAUCAGUGGUUGCUGUUUGUUUUUAUCUAUUUUUACUUUUUUACACUUUGUAAUGUCACUCUGGAUUCAUUGAGGUUUGUCCAGUUUAAGUGCCAGACUGAACUGCAAUAAUGCUGCAAAGCUCUGAUUAAAAUGCUGGUCAUUUCACUCUAAUCAGAGAUUACCCCCUCAUUUUGUUUGAUUGAGAGCAUUUCCAACGUGUAAACAAAGGUGACUGUACAAAAAAAACCUACUCUUUAAACAGCUUUUUAUAUGUUAUGUUUGAUAUUUCAUUUAAUCAUGACAGAGACAUGGGUUUCCAAGUGUAUAGCACUGAGGAAACAUAUGCCACAAUUAUUGAUUAUCCAUUAACAACAAUAUCUUUAUAUAUCAUUGUGUCUAAAUGUUGGUAACUAACUACAGCCAUAAUCCAGUUAAAACAGAACAGACUACAACACAACAAAUUAUAUGUCCUAUGAUCUGUAAACAGUAUGCCGUGUAUAGAACACUUGUGUACGAGAUUAAAAAAAAAAUUGAAGUAUCAAUAGUGAGAGAAGAGAUGAACUUUGCCCCAUGUGCACUAAAUAAUUUUGUGUAAAGUCUGUUUUUAGGGCAUUUUCUUGCACAUACAAAAAUCUAAUCACAAAAUAUGUUUAAAAAAUAUGCACUCAUUUUAUAGAUGUUGCUUAGAGACAAUAAAUACAUUUAAUAUAUUACCAUGAUCAGUUGUCACUAAUGGCUGACAUAAUUCUAAUUACAUAAUUCAUUUAACAUAUAUUUAAGCCAAAACUGCAAUAUACAUCAGUAUUGCAACCAUCUAAACUAACCCUUACUAUAAAGGUAUUGAAGCUGCAAUAAAUCUAUUUGAUUAAGUCGGGGGGGGGGGGGGUUAGGACAAAAAGGCAUAUUAAGUCCCUUGGUGGUUUUAGUUGUUUAAUGUGGACACAUUGGAAAAAAGAAUGAGGAACUCUUGCAUGGAUGCCUUUAACCAAUUUAUGCACUAAGUAUUUAAAUAAUAUUUCUAUGACAAUGAGGACACAAAAUGCAUUGUGGGGGGUUGUGAGACAAAUUUCAUGGUGUAUGUGGUCUAUGUAUAUAUAAAGGGAACACCAAACAACUAAAGCUGAGUGUUCCAACCUUUCAACUACUAAAAGGAAAAAGGAAUAAAUUAUAACAAAUUAAGAAUUUAAGUAAAUCCCCUUGAAUGGGAUGCUCCCGCACUUUUGUAGUAUGAAAAUGAAAAUGUUAAAAAAAAAAAAAAAAAAAUUACAAUCAUGAAAAUAGUAAUACAUUAUUUAUAUUGUGUGCAAAUAACACAUUUGAGUCCAGGCUAAAGUGUUUAUCUGGAAACAACAGAAUGCACUAAGUAGAUGAUUUACCCCAAAAAAACACAAGAAGAACUCGAAAAUGUUGGCUCUCAAUGUAGCACUCAAAACACUGCUCUGACAAUCUGUAGUUCUUUUGUUUCUGAACAUAAAUGCACUGUGCUUGUUUUGAACAUUUUAUCAUGUAUGCACUGAGGUUAAACAGCUUAUCACUGAUCAAAUGUGGAUUUCAUGCUUUACAGUACUUAUGGCUGUGUGUAAAGAAGUCACAGAAGCUCCUGAGGGUUUGACUCUGAGCCAUAUGUCCAUACCAAAGAAUACAUUAUUAAUUAUAACCUGAUGAAACAUGCACUUGGAUCUACGUUGUCUAAUAUAAAUCUCAUAUGUAAUGGACAUAGUGAGUUAUCAUUGAUAACAGCCAUAACAAAUAUAUCAUGUAAUAUUAAGGAACAAACCAGAAGACCUUGGUGACAUAUGCUGCUGGAAACUCAUUACUUUAUAAAAUGAAAACUUCAGAGCAAUAUUUAGGAUCUUUUUAACUUUUUUUUUCUCAGCUUUUGUAAACCCAACACUGAUCAGAUAGAGAAACAACACUGUCAUUUAUCACAAAUGCUUCUCUGUAAUAGCGUUCGUCCCCUGUGUGUGUUGUAUGUUGUCAGUAACACUAACUGUCUUUGUUGUACAGAAUGUCUUGUGUGUAUUCAUUUUACUCCUAUUUAUUAAAAGUGUUGUUUGUACAGAAGAUUUCACCUUGAAACGCAUAUAAUCUUGUGAAUACACAAUAAUCUAACUUGCACUGUUACAAUGUUUUGUAGCACACUUUUAUUUUUAAGUGUCAUAGUUUUUAACCACUUAUCACAGACAAUACAGUUAUCCUAAACAACGUGGGUAAAAAUGAGAAAAAAUAAGAUUCACCUUGAUAUCCAAAUCUCUUCAGGACGUCAUUUUGAGAGAACGCAAUCCGAGAAAAGAUUUGCACACUUUAAAAAAACAUGCAAAAAUGAGACAAUCCAUAACUGUAAAGUGAUAAUUAAAGUCCUGAUAUGUUGCAAAUACAAUACAAUGAAUCUAUUGCAGUGUAUUGAUACAAGGAGUAGCUUUAUACAGUAAUUAAACAAUAAUUUAAUAACUGCAAGAGAAGAAUAUAUCGUAUAUAUGAUGUAAUUUUGAGAAAUGUUUGAUUUUGAGCCAUUGAGACUUUUUAACUUUAAAUUAAAUCAGUUUUCUCCGUUUUUAUGUUCACCUUUACAGUGUCUGUGAAAAAGUUUGCAUUUAUGGGUUUAGCAUUGAUAUUUGUGUUCAAUGAAGACUAUACCCUUCCUCUUGUUGAAAAGUGUUCAGAGCUGCAGAAAUGCCCUCCACUAUUAUGUUGCUGUGGCUUUUGGUCAGUGGGCAGGGAUUUCUCUUUCUUUCUUUCUUUGGCAUAUAAGCAAGUGCUUUAUAAGAGGAAGUGCUUGUUAUUAAUACUGCUUUGUAAAGACUUUUUUGAACUAGUAAACGUUUUUAAGUACA